UUGGUGGGGAAGCGUGGAGGAUGGAACCAAACCCCGGGCGCGGCGGAACAGGUGUCUCGGGGUCAAAGCCGGGCUGGGGUCGUCCGGGCUCCUGAGGAAGGCGCGAGGACUUCCCGCUCCCGGAGCCUUAGCGAUCUGCCACAGCGUUCGGCUGCGUACCCGGCCUCAAUUUUGUGGACAUGUACCCUCCUCUUCGUCGUGGGUCCUUCCCUUGUGCCCGCUCGCGCCCCUCUUCUGCUCGCGCGCUGCCUGGCGGCGCGGCGGGGCGCGCAGUGCGCCCGGGCCGGACCACUUAGCGGUCCUGCCCCGCCGGGCCCUCCCAGUCCCUCCUCCCGGGCCCUCCCCGCCCCGCCGCUGACCUGUGGGUCCCGCCGGACUGGGCGCCCAGGUGUUGGGCGCCUUCGCCGGGGAGCCACUCGGCUGCCGCGCCGCCUGAGCGCUCAGCGAGCGGGCUCCUUCCAGAAGUGCCUGGAGCUUGCUUGGGUCUAGCUUGGAUCAUCAGAAAUACACUUUCGGGAAAUGGCCUCUAAAUCCUGGCUGAAUUUUUUAACCUUCCUCUGUGGAUCAGCAAUAGGAUUUCUUUUAUGUUCUCAGCUAUUUAGUAUUUUGUUGGGAGAAAAGGGUGACACCCAGCCUAAUGUUCUUCAUAAUGAUCCUCAUGCAAGGCAUUCAGAUGAUAAUGGACAGAAUCAUCUAGAAGGACAAAUGAACUUCAAUGCAGAUUCUAGCCAACAUAAAGAUGAGAACACAGACAUUGCUGAAAACCUCUAUCAGAAAGUUAGAAUUCUUUGCUGGGUUAUGACCGGCCCUCAAAACCUAGAGAAAAAGGCCAAACACGUCAAAGCUACUUGGGCCCAGCGUUGUAACAAAGUGUUGUUUAUGAGUUCAGAAGAAAAUAAAGACUUCCCUGCUGUGGGAUUGAAAACCAAAGAAGGCAGAGAUCAACUAUACUGGAAAACAAUUAAAGCUUUUCAGUAUGUUCAUGAACAUUAUUUAGAAGAUGCUGAUUGGUUUUUGAAAGCAGAUGAUGACACAUAUGUCAUACUAGACAAUUUGAGGUGGCUUCUUUCAAAAUACGACCCUGAAGAACCCAUUUACUUUGGGAGAAGAUUUAAGCCUUAUGUAAAGCAGGGCUACAUGAGUGGAGGAGCAGGAUAUGUACUAAGCAAAGAAGCCUUGAAAAGAUUUGUUGAUGCAUUUAAAACAGACAAGUGUACACAUAGUUCCUCCAUUGAAGACUUAGCACUGGGGAGAUGCAUGGAAAUUAUGAAUGUAGAAGCAGGAGAUUCCAGAGAUACCAUUGGAAAAGAAACUUUUCAUCCCUUUGUGCCAGAACACCAUUUAAUUAAAGGUUAUCUACCUAGAACGUUUUGGUACUGGAAUUACAACUAUUAUCCUCCUGUAGAGGGUCCUGGUUGCUGUUCUGAUCUUGCAGUUUCUUUUCACUAUGUUGAUUCUACAACCAUGUAUGAGUUAGAAUACCUCGUUUAUCAUCUUCGUCCAUAUGGUUAUUUAUACAGAUAUCAACCUACCUUACCUGAACGUAUACUAAAGGAAAUUAGUCAAGCAAACAAAAAUGAAGAUACAAAAGUGAAGUUAGGAAAUCCUUGAAAGAAAAUCAUGAAUGAACAAAGGUAAUAUGUCUAGCACUGCACUGAAAAAGGACUUCUGCAUUUCUGACAUAGAACACUGGAAUCCCAGUGAGGAAUUCUAAGUGAACAUUCCUUAUAGAAACCUUUCACAUGAAUGACUAUAAACUGAAGCUUUAAAUGAGCUGUGAAGUGUGUUAAAAUGUGUUUUGAUACAGUAAUAUAUAAAUAUAUCUAUAUAUAUGAGGAACUUGUGUUUUUUAAAUGGUGGCCAGGUAGAGGAACUAGAAAAGAGAUUUUGUUGCCUGUUUUCUGACCAUCUGUGUUAUUGUCACUGAGAAACUAAAAUAGUAAAUUUACUAAAACUACACUGCACCAUGUUGGUAAUAAUCAGAUCUGCCUUAAAGAAAAGAAAAUUUUAGAAAGAAAUAUUGUUGCUCAGUGUUGUUAAUACAGCUCAAGAAUUGAGUUUAUAUUUGCAGUAUGCUAUAAAUGAUACCCCCCUACCACACACACACACACAGUUUUUGUCUAAUGAAAAUGUUGCUGUGAUUAUUUAUAAUUGGUAGUAUUUCUUCCAGAAGAAGCUAAAAUAAGACUGGCACUUACCCUGAAGUGCAUUAAUAAAACCACACUUUAAAAUUA